AACGGUGGAACUAGGAGUAACGUUUAUCCAUUCGCACCCACACAGCGACGACGGUGGAGCUACGGGAAGGAUUCAAAAGGCUCGAUUUGUACACUUGAGACAGUUGCAAACUCGUCACGUCACGAGUGGGAGUGAUAGCGCAGGUCGUAAAGGUGGUCUUUUAAUCUUACGUUCCAAUUGCUUGUUUGGAUUCGAACGAUUGGAUAAAAACGGCAAGAAGUAAAAGGAUACAACACAUCUGGCCGUGAUGGUUGAUGAACUGAGCGUUGAAACCGAGGCGGAAGCUAUUCUAGAAACAGAAUGGUUUUUUGGAAUGCGUGUGUGGGAGUUGCUGCUGCUUUCCUGUGGGUCCGUGCUCGGGGUCGUAAUCAUGCUGUGCUGUUGCUUCCGCUUUAGAAUCCCGAGAACCAAACAGGACAUCGAAGCGGAUUAUCAUCGAAAGAAGCUCACGCGAAAGUUUCGCGAACGGCUCGACUGCAUGAACAAUGCCGACAUCGACGAGAUGGACCUCGUAAAAGCUCUCGAGUGGGUACGAGAUAACUAUCAGGCGGUCCAGGACAAAUUAGCUAGCAAGGAAGUGACCGAGAACAAGGACAAUCAAGCAAUCAUUACAGUUUGCGAUAAUGUUUGAGCGAUAAUGUGUGGUAGCACCAUAGCUGACGCUGAUAAACGCAUGUUAAGCGUUCGAAGUCCUUGCACCGUUGAAAUGUGGGAUUGUUUGCUUUGUCGUGUUUUGCAUCCUUCCAAUUCAUACCAGUUAUUUCUGUAAGGAAUAUAUUUUUUUGUAAAGCUACUUCUUUUGCAACGGGAAUUAUUGCUGCGACAGCAGACUGUGUAAUUUUACCAUUUCCUGUAUACUAAAUAGAAAAUGCGUUAUACUAAA